GAUCGUGAUAUGAUCGUACAUUUGCUCAAUUACCCAUUAUCGACUACUUUCUGAGUAUUUAUCUCAGUUGCUGUUUGAUUGUCGUCUCGUACGGACCUCCAAUUGCCUUUUAAAGUCACAAAAUUAAAAAAAAAAUAAAUUAGGUGAAAUUUUGAAUUAAUUUCGCGUGCGUGAUUCGAUUAAAUAAAUUUUUUAUUGGUGUGGCGCUAAAAAAAAUGAGCAAAAUUAGUGCGAUGCUUCACAAGUUGUGGAAGGAAAAUUCAGAAUUGGAGACUGAGGAAGAAUUUAAGAAGCGAUGGAAGUCGAUUUUUGUGAUUUAUGUGACAAUUUUUCUCAUGACGCUCGGAUUUGGCAUCACGCUUACGGGAGUUUGGCCGUAUUUGGAUAAGUUGGAUCCCUCAGCUGGCAAAACUUUUUACGGAAUAAUCUUAGCUGUGAGUCCUUUAUCGCAGAUGAUCGCAUCUCCUCUUGUCGGUUAUUGGACAAACAAAACGAAAUCUUCUCGCAUUCCUUUAAUCUGCACAAUGAUCUUGUUCGCUUUUGCCAGUAUCAUGUACGCAACAUUGGAUGCCUUCGACACAAAUCACAAAUAUUGGAUGUUAAUUGCCCGAAUUUUGAUUGGAACGAGCUCAGCUAACAUCGCUGUUUGUCGCGCCUAUCUUUCCGCUGCAACAACUGUCAAAGAACGCACCACUGCUGUCUCUCUCGGGUCCUUGGCACAAGUUUUGGGUUUCAUUUUUGGUCCUGCAUUCCAAGCUGCUCUCACUCCGUUGGGCAAUGAAGGCACGACAGUCGGAAAAAUCGUUUUGAACAUGUACACAGCACCGGGAUGGGUCAAUGUCCUUCUCGCCAUCAUCAAUAUCGUGAUUUUACUUCCUUGGGCAUUCGAGGAGAGACCAAUUGCGGCAAAAGAAGCGAUGGUUGUACAAGGCAAGGACAACGAAGAAGCUGCUGUUGACGCCAUUAAGCUGGAUUAUGUCGCGGCAUGGACUUUAAUUGUCGCAUUUUUCGUUCUUGUACUGAAUUUCGUGCUUUUAGAGACUUUGGGAACUCCUCUGAUGAUGGAUCAAUUCGCGCUGACGAAACAAGAGUCACUGAAGUACAUUUCCAUCAUAAUGGCGAUCGGAGCUGUCAUUUCCUGCAUCAGUUUCGUCACAAUUGGUCCCCUGUGCAAGCAUUUCGACGAGCGAAAAAUCAUGAUUUGGGGAGGAUUUUUCCUCAUGGUUGUCGGAAGGUUCGUUUUCAUUCCGUGGGGAUCUUCUCCGCCUACUUUGCGUGAAAUUUCGUCGAACGAAACCGAAAUCGAGCUCGUUGGAUGUCCCGUGGAAACUCAAACGUGGUGUGCGACGACAAAUGCUCUCACCGUCGAACAAUUUAUCAUCGGAUACGUUUGCACGGCGAUUGGAUAUCCGAUUGGAGCGACGUUGAUUCAGACAAUUCUCUCGAAAAUUUUGGGACCUCGACCGCAGGGUGUUUGGAUGGGACUUUUUACGGGCUCCGGAGGAUUUUCGCGAGUUGUGGGACCGGUUUUGUUAAGUGCGCUGUAUCAACAUUAUGGCGUUGUUUGGACUUUUUGCUCGUUGGGAGCGUUUAUGGCAGUGACAGUUGUUUGGUUGCUCUGCUUGAAACAUCGAUUGGUGCCUGCGGUUUAUAAUGUGAAAGAUGAGAACGGAAAAGCUUGA